GGGGAGCAUCGAGGGAGGGGGGAGGGCUGCUCUCAGAGCUGCAGCGUCUGAUCGUCUUCAGUCUGCUGAGAUUCUGAUUUUUCUGCUCAAGGACAAAAGUUUCCUUUUUUUUCCGCUUCAGGGAUUUUGCAGAAAUUCUGAUUCAGGAAACAAAAGUUUCCUCAAUGAUUUUUUUCCUCUUCUCCGACACAAAGAGUUUUAGACGGGUGAGAGGAGCUGAAGCGUCACCAUGAGUCGAACUGGGACGUUGUUGCCGUUUUCCACCUAUCAGCUGCUUUUCUUCAUGACCAUCUUCUCCCUGGACUUACCAGCUUCAAAGGCAGGGCACUCUGCUCCAGACCUCGAGUCCAACACCACCAUCAGCAACCGGACCAAAUGUGGCGGCAGCACCAACUGCAUCGAGGGCGUCAUCCUGCCAGUGUGGAAACCGGAGAAUCCGGUCUUCACUGACCGCCUGGCUAGAGCCACCAUCUACUUUGUGGGUUUGUUCUAUAUGUUCGUGGGUGUCUCCAUCAUCGCCGAUCGCUUCAUGGCAUCCAUCGAAGUGAUCACGUCUCAGGAAAGAAAAAUCACCAUCAAGAAACCGAACGGUGAGAAGAUCGUCACGACAGUUCGGAUCUGGAAUGAGACGGUGUCCAACCUGACGCUGAUGGCCCUGGGUUCCUCUGCACCUGAAAUCCUCCUGUCGGUUGUGGAAGUCUGUGGUCACAACUUUAACGCCGGCGAGUUGGGUCCCAACACCAUCGUAGGAAGCGCUGCCUUCAACAUGUUCGUCAUCAUCGGACUUUGUGUGUCUGUCAUCCCUGAGGGAGAGACCAGGAAGGUAAAGCACCUGCGGGUCUUCUUCGUCACCGCAGCCUGGAGCGUCUUUGCCUACACCUGGCUUUACCUGAUUCUGGCGGUCUUUUCACCUGGUGUGGUUGAGAUAUGGGAGGGGCUUCUGACACUCUUCUUCUUCCCCAUUUGUGUUGGGUUUGCUUACGUGGCGGACCGCAGGCUCCUUUUCUACAAGUACAUGUACAAACGAUACCGGGUUGGGAAGCAGAAAGGAAUGAUUAUCGAGACUGAGGGAGAGCCAAACCUUCCAACAAAGGUGGACAUUGAAAUGGACGGUAAAAUACUGAACUCCCAUUGCGAUGAGAUGCUUGACGGAGAGGCGGGGUUUGAGGCGAAGGCGAUGGAUGAGGAGGAGGCCCGCAAAGAGAUGACCAGGAUCCUAAAGGAGCUCAAACAGAAGCAUCCGGAGAAGGAGAUGGAGCAACUAAUGGAGCUAGCUAAUUACCAAGUUUUAACCCAGCAACAGAAGAGUCGAGCCUUUUACCGCUGUCAGGCCACCAGGAUCAUGACCGGAGCAGGUAACGUCCUGAAGAAGCACGCCGCUGAUCAGGCCAAGAGAGCCAUCCAGCACGACCUCUGCUCCGAGGUGUCUGUCAACAGCUUUUCCUCCAAAGUGUUCUUUGAUCCUGGGAGCUACCAGUGUCUGGAGAACUGUGGCAGCGUGGCACUCAAUGUGGUCCGUAGAGGUGGAGACUUAAACACCACCGUGUCCGUGGACUACCAGACCGAAGACGGCACGGCAAACUCUGGUUCCGACUAUCGGUACACCAAAGGAACCGUUGUGUUCAAACCAGGCGAGACCGAGAAAGAAAUCCGCAUCGAUAUUAUUGACGAUGACAUAUUUGAGGAGGAUGAGCAUUUCUUGGUUCAUCUCAGCAACGUGAGGGUGACAUCAGAAGACACAGACCGCCGCGACCCAAACCACACGGACACCAUCGCAGGCCUCGGGCUGCCUUGCUCGGCCACGGUCACCAUUUUUGAUGAUGACCACGCUGGUAUCUUCACAUUUGAGGAGCCAGUGGUCACUGUGAGCGAGAGCAUCGGGGUGAUGGAGGUGAAGGUGCUCAGGAACUCAGGAGCUCGUGGCUUUGUAGUGGUCCCGUACAAAACUAUAGAGGGAACAGCUAAAGGAGGCGGUGAGGACUUUGAGGACACGCAUGGCGUCCUGGAGUUUGAGAACGAUGAGAUCUUCAAAACAAUUCAUAUCAAUAUAAUUGAUGACGAGGAGUACGAAAAAAACAAGAACUUCUUCCUGGAAAUGGGGGAGCCUCAGUUGCUGGAGAUGAGUCAUCGGAAAGCCGUGUUGCUUCAGGAAGUUGGUGGAUUCAUCAGGACAGGCAAAGACGUCUACAGAAAAGUCCAAGGCCGAGACCACCCCGUCCCUUCCUCCAUCAUCAGCAUCACAGAUGGGUUGUGCGAGGAGGUUUUAACAAAGAAGGAGAAGGAGGAGAGGCGAAUUGCAGAGUUGGGCAGACCAAUGUUGGGCGAACAUGCCCGACUGGAGGUCAUCAUUGAGGAGUCUUAUGAGUUCAAGAAUAUGGUGGAUAAACUCAUCAAGAAGACCAACCUGGCUCUGGUGAUUGGGACCAACAGCUGGAGGGAGCAGUUUGUAGAGGCCAUCACCGUCAGCUCCGGUGAUGAUGAUGAGGGUGAAUCAGGAGAAGAAAAACUUCCAUCCUGUUUUGAUUACAUCAUGCACUUCCUCACCGUCUUUUGGAAGCUUCUGUUUGCCUUCGUUCCUCCCACCGACUACUGGAACGGCUGGGCCUGCUUCAUCGUGUCCAUUUCUGUCAUCGGGCUCCUGACGGCCGUCAUUGGAGACCUGGCGUCGCAUUUUGGCUGCACCGUCGGCCUUAAAGACUCCGUCACCGCUGUGGUGUUUGUGGCUUUGGGCACUUCUGUUCCAGACACCUUUGCCAGUAAAGUAGCAGCCAUCCAGGACCAAUAUGCCGACGCCUCAAUUGGGAACGUGACAGGAAGCAAUGCUGUGAAUGUCUUCCUGGGAAUUGGCGUGGCAUGGUCCAUUGCUGCUAUCUACCACUACACAAAAGGUCAGGAGUUCAGGGUGGACCCAGGAACGCUGGCCUUCUCUGUUACACUCUUCACCAUCUUUGCCUUCAUCUGCAUUGCUGUGCUGAUCUACCGGCGCCGGCCCUCGAUUGGCGGGGAACUGGGAGGUCCACGGAUACCCAAAAUCCUGACAACGUCCUUGUUCUUCAGUCUAUGGUUUACGUACAUCGUGUUUUCAUCACUGGAGGCCUACUGCCACAUACCGGGCUUCUAGGAGUUCUGUUGAAACGGCCCUUCAGGUUCUGAUGGAUCCUGUUGGUGGUGAUGGACUGGGUUCCUACAGUGCUGUAUGGCUGGAUGGAGACUGUAGGAGGGUCUUGUUCUGGCUUCAGAGAGCUUCAGUGAGAGACAGAUUUCUGUAAUAAGAACAAAUAAACAUCCUGAUGAACUUUGAAAGUAUUUUAGUCUCCUCUACAGGUUCUGUUCAGUGUGUGGUCCAUAACUCUGGAUGGAUUUUAAACAGUUCUUUUUCCACCGUGUGACCGGUUCCUCAGGUUCAGAUGAACUCAUGGUUCUUUAUGUUUUGGUUCCUCACAGCUGAUUUGUGAAGUUUUUAAUGAAAUAAUGCAGAUUUCUGAAAUGCUUAAAAUUUUGAAUGAAUUUUGAGUUAAUAUUUGAUCAUUUUACAUUUGUUAUAGGAAACAUUUAAAGUUUGCAGUUUUAUUUUUAGUUUUUAAAAGGUUCAAAAGACUUUUCUAUGGUUUUUCAGUCAGAGAAACGUCUCAUUGAUCUGUUCAGGACCCCCCCCCCCCCCAUGCCUGACGACUGGUCUCCAUUAGCGGAUGGAAACAUGAUCUGUGAUGUUUGACUGUUUUGUUUUAUUAAAGUUCAGUGAGUGACUUGUCUCCGCUGUGGUUGUAGAUGUUUACCAAUAAAGUGAGGCUGUUUCUUCA